AUGCUGAAGAAUAGCAGAUGCUUGUCAAGGGGGAGAAAACCUCUGUCCGACAUCUCGAACGGUGAUAAAAUCUCAAGAGCCUGUAAGCAAGAAGCCAACAAAGGAGCGGGCGUCAGCCCUCGCGAUCGCCUCCUCCUUGCUCGCGCAGAUCUUUCGAAACUCGUCAGUGAGGUAUUUUCACGUCUUGCGAUUUCCCCAUAAAAUGGCGCUAGUAAUGGGUCGAGAAAUUCUCCAGUUGUGAUAGAGGUCACUGCUGAAAAUGGCGCUAGUAAUGGGUCCUCGAUUCUCCAGUUCCAGUGAACGAUCCGUCGUCUUGUUUUCGACUAUUUGUUUACCUGGUUUGUGUGGUUUGACAUAUCUCGUUCUAUGCACUCGCCGUGAUCAAACCUGAAGAAUGAACUACUUUCUUUGCCGCGAUGGGACUGGACCUAAAAUUUUAGCAUUUCUAUGUUAUUAUAUAGCGGUAUUUGUGCACAGGAUACUCUUUGUGCAUAGGUGAUGAUGGAUAUCCUGGCGUAACGUCAACAAGAAUUUUAAGCAAACUUAAUUGACUCUGUCCACCACACACCCUCCUGCCAAGGAAAAUUUUCCAUUCAACUGUUCUACAAUAAGAUGGCCAAAGUCAUGUAUUGGACCAUACUAGGGUUGGUGCGGGCUCUCCUUCAAUACUAAGAAUCUUCUCAUGGAUCAACCUUUAUUAGCAUGAGGGAUAUUGUAAAUUCCGCGCGCUUGGAUGCUUUAGAGUGCAGAAUUUUUACCAGCUGGCUUGUCCAUUUAAGUGAGGAAGAAUGAGAACAAAGGUACAUGCUUGCUUUACCUUUCAUGGAGAUCUUAGGACUAUCUUAGUAAAAGACCAUGAAUGAAUGCAGGAUCUUGCGCCUUCUUCAGCUAGAGAUGUCCAAAGUGAGAGAAGAAGGAUGUCAAUAAUUAGUCAGAGAGGAAAUAAUUGGACGAUAUUAAAGGAUAGGGAUAGGAAUUGCCCGAAGGGGGAAAUAGCAUAAUGCAUCUUGGAGAGGAGGAGAAAGAGCUUGGCUGAGUAAAAGCAACGAUGACUUGAGGAUGGUUGUAGGCUCUGGAGGUAUAGAUAAGCCAGUUUAUGGAAGUGGACGCCAAUAUGCAUGCCAUAUUUCACAAUUCUGCCGUAAGAAAAAGGUGAAUAAAAUCAUCUGUUUGUUAAAAAAAUGGGAAGCAUAUGAUAGCAAGGUACAAAACAAGGAGUAUUAUUUCAAAUAUUCGUCUCGGAGGAUGGUUGGAAGCUGUCGAUAUAGUAAAGCAUUUUCCCCCAAGGAUAAACGAACAGAAGGUGUGGGCAAGAUCUUUCAUGAAAGAAUAGUUCAACUAAGUUGCAUUUGUCCUAUGCUCUGUCGUAUUAUUUAUCAAAAAAAAAAAGAGAGAUAUAUCGUCAUAACUCGUUUAAAGUCAAUUGGUUUUGAGUUGCAAUGCCUAUCGUGGAGAAAAUUAGAAGUAGAACAACAAGCUAGAGAGGGAAGUUUUUUUAUCAUGAAUUGGUGUAACCUUUUUCCAUUGAAUUGGUAUCAAGUGAAAAUGAUAUGCAAACAUGAAGAUGAUUUAAGACCUGACACGAUCACGUUAGUGACUUUAAUAUGCUCUUGUUAGGUGACUGUGGAAGAUGGUAAUUGAUGAAUGGUGAUUGUAGGAGACGUGAUUAAAUGCUACUUUAUGUAUGGGCGCAUAUAUGUAGUAUAAAAUCAAUGUGAUUUGAGCCAAUAUGGUGAUUCAUCUGAAACAUUAUGUUUUGGAAUGAUAAAUUGUGCAUGACUUCAAUGUUUACUGAACAACUUUGUUUACCCUUCAAAGAAACAAACAGCUGUCAAUAGAAUCACACUUGCAGAGGCGUUUGAUUAUAAGGUAGUUGGGGGAGUUUAGUAUAUACGUACGACUUACAAGAAUGUCAAUUGAAAAGAAAUUCGAUAGUUUGAAGACAUAUUGAGGUAAAGAACAGGAUGAUCAUUGUUGAUGCACAGAUCCGAGUGUAUCAUAGGAAAUGUGAUUAAGAGUAUUACAAUCGAGUCAGAUUAUCACCUCAAUGUAGACAGUUUUUAAACAAUGACAAUUUUUAAAAGAUGCUCUGUGUGUGUGUGUGUGUGUGAGUGAGUGAGUGAGUGAGUGAGAGAGAGAGAGAGAGAGAGAGAGAGAGAGAGAGAGAGAGAGACGUGGAAUGCAGCUUCUACCCCCCUUCGUGGGAUCUUAGAGCGCUUAUAUGUAGCCCUCGUAAACAACAAAAAGGGAAAUAAUAGAACGUACUGUAGCUCCAAGGACAAGAAAAAUUUUCUCUCAAAGAAGGAAAGAAAGUAGCUAUGGAGAUUUGCAUAAACAUCUCCAGAUUUCCUUUGGAGCCACGUUUUUGAAUCCCACUGACAGAAUUUGGAACGAUACAGCAACAGUUUUGCAUGUACCUUGGUGUGGUGAGUUAGUGUUCUUCACUAAGGAGACGCAACAAUAACUUUACUGCCGUAUGUGUAAAUGAUGACUUUCCUCCAUCAGAGUUGACAUUUGAUUCAAAACUAAUAUCCGUCUGAUCUUGUUAUAGAAAGCCUUUCCAAUCUUAUAUGUGAUAUGAUGAGAGAGGGAGUGAAAUUUUUUUUUUCUUGCCCAUGAUUACAUUCAAUACUUAGCCUGAUUAUCCCCCCCAAAUAACCAAUUGGUCUACCAUUCUUGAUUUCUGGGGAGUCCUUUGGUGCUGCGAAAAUAAUUCUUCUCAUUUAUUACUGCCGAAUUGACUAACCAUUUUCUGUGCAAAAUCCGUGAUCAGACUAACCCAUUCCCCCCCCACCUUUCAGAUUGAUGAGUUGUUCAUCCUAGCUUCAGAGGAUAAAUCCAGAAAAGAUGAGGGCACCCAAGAAGUUGAAUCCUUCAUAAGACUUGUGUCUGACAUGCGUUCAUCGCUGAAGGUAAAUGGGCCCCGCUGCCGCCAGCAUUUCCCUAGUCUUAGCUUUGAGUUAAUUCCUAUUUUUAUUUUUCUAAUGCAGUCAUGGGUACCGAGGCUUAAACAGGCCCUUAAAUGUCAACCCGUUGACCCUGAAACUUCAGCGGAUAAACCUGAUUCCCACGUAAUCGGAGAAAGGAAUUGUGUCCCGGCUGACCCAGAACUGGACCUGAUAGUCUCUUCCUCCCCCCUUGUAUCCUGGCGCAAUGGAGCCUGCACCAUUGAAUCGGGGAGACAACUCUUUCUGCUCACCCCUCUCCACAAGCUAAGACCGACGGUCCCCAGAUUCUCAGAAUCCUCAAAACUUUUCCCGAAGUGGAAGAAACAUGGUACUUGCAGCGUGAGUGCAUUACCAGAUGUAGAAGAAAGUACCUAUCUGGAGUCAACGGUUGCACCGACCGCUGCUACCCUCUCUGCGUUGAAAACCACAAAAGAUCUCUUUCAUGAUCCGAAUCCAUCUGUGAAGAUCUCGCCAUUGAAGACCUGCUCUCUGCUGGGUUCAGCCUCCGCCUCCCUUCGGAGGGACAACAAGAUCGUCGCUGCCCACAGAGGGACUCCAUGGACUGCUGCAAAGUCAACGCAGAUGGACGACGCCUCCUCGUUUUCUGGACCUUCGAGCAGCGGCGGCGAGGAGGAGAUCACGAGGACUCUGACUUCCAAGUACCCCGAGCUCUUUGGGCUGCAGCUGGCCCACAACCCCUUCCUCCGUAGGAAGGAAGUCGACGAGACCCUGGACUGGUUCCUCUCCCCCCCCAAGACCUGCGUCCUCUUGGAACCAGUGGACGAUAAGGUGCUCCUCCAUUCCUCAGGUGUGUAACUCUCUCUCUCUCUCUCUCUCUCGUUUAUCCAUCUAUUUCUCGUUGACUUUGUAUAUGGGUGUCUGGUUUUCUAGCGAAGCCGGAGAUCAGGGGUUCGAGGCGAGCAGUUGGACUUGAGGCCGCCGCCACGCCCGCGUGGAGGUCAACGGGGAAGGGGAAGAACGCGGGGGAGGCGACGCUGAAGAGGGAGCUGUGGACGAAAUUCGAAGCGGUUUCCACAAAAGGCCUGCAGUACGAUCGCUCCGUCUUACAGCAGAUUUCCAGGAACAGGUUCUUGGACAUGCUCGAAGAGGUGUCUUGA